UUUAUAACACAUAAUAAGUUGCAUUACAUACAUUUCUUAUGUUUUCUUUUUGCCAUUUUUUUGUUUAUUCAUUAAAAUCUAUUAUGCAAUAUCGUGGGUCCUUUUACAAACUAUUCACUAUGGCGGCGUCGAAUAAAUUCAUUUCUUUGUAUUGCAUCUAUGAAGGACAAGGAAGUAAAGAUUGCAGCUAUGAUAUAGUUUUAUAACGAAUGGAAUAUAAUUACUUUACAAACCUGUGGUUAUAAGUUUCUGUGUAGCUAUUCAUGAUGGAAGUAAACGUUGGUUAUGUAUUUUUAUUCGUUUUCUUAUUUUUUAACGGCAAGUGUAUCAUCAAAGCAUGUGAAAGAGGCUUUUGGGGGAGUGACUGUCAGAACAUUUGCGAAACAAAUUGUGCGAGUUAUUGUGAUCAGUUAACUGGGGCUUGUCUCGGUUGUAAAACUGGCUAUUGGGAUACUUACUGUAAUAAGGAAUGUCCAGAAAAUUGCAGCAGUUCGUGUUAUAGUCAGGGAAAAUGUUAUAGCUGUAAAAAUGGUUGGUACGGUUCAACGUGCAAUUCAUCUUGUCCAACAAACUGUGAAAUUUGUAAUAAAUACAGUGGUUUAUGUUCCUUGUGUGCCGCAGAUUACUGGGGAGAAUCAUGUGAAAACAUCUGCGAUAAAAACUGCUUGAAGUGUUCCAUUUCCAGCGGUGAUUGCGAAAGUUGUAAACCUGGGUACUGGAAUAGUUCUUGUAAUGAAAAAUGCAACGGGGUUAAUUGUGAAAUUUGUAGUACAAAAUCAGGCGAAUGUCAAGUUUGCAGAUCUGGACUUUGGGGGGACAAUUGUCAGAAUACUUGUGGGAAAUGCUUUUCAAUGAAAUGUGGCAAAACUGAUGGACGCUGUGAAAAAUGCCAAGAAGGAUUUGCCGGUGCAAACUGUACGACUCCGUGUGAAUCUGUAAACUGCAGGUACUACACAUGUAAUACUGCCGAAUUUUCUUGCCGAACAUGUAAGUCUGGUUUCUGGGGAGCAUUUUGCAAUGAAACAUGUGCCAGCAAUUGUUCCUCAAGCUGUGAUAGAAAUAAUGGACUUUGCAGCAGUUGCAAACUGGGAUUCUGGGGCGACUUUUGCAAUAAAACAUGCAGUCAAACUUGUUUGUCAAGUAGCUGCAACAAAAAUAAUGGCGAAUGUAGUAGUUGCAAAUAUGGUUUCUGGGGAGCAUUUUGCAAUGAAACAUGCAGCAAAACUUGUUCUUCAAGCAGCUGCAACAAACAUGAUGGCAAAUGCAGCAGCUGCAAGUCUGGAUUCUGGGGAGAAGCAUUUUGCAAUGAAACAUGUGCCAAAAAUUGUUCCUCAAGCUGCGAUAGAAAUAAUGGACAUUGCAGCAGUUGCAAACUUGGUUUCUGGGGAGCCUUUUGCAACAAAGCAUGCAGUCAAACUUGUUCAUCAAGUAGCUGCAACAAAAAUAAUGGCGAAUGCAGCAGUUGCAAGUCUGGAUUCUGGGGAGCCUUUUGCAAUAAAACAUGCAGUCAAACUUGUUCAUCAAGUAGCUGCAACAAAAAUAAUGGAGAAUGCAGCAGUUGCAAGUCUGGAUUCUGGGGAGCCUUUUGCAAUAAAACAUGCAGUCAAACUUGUUCAUCAAGUAGCUGCAACAAAAAUAAUGGAGAAUGCAGCAGUUGCAAGUCUGGAUUCUGGGGAUUACAUUGUAAUGAACUAUGCAACAAAAACUGUUUGUCCAGUUGUAAUCAACAAAGCGGUGCGUGUAAAGGAUGCAAACAAGGUUCUUGGGGCCAAUUAUGUGAAAGUGAAUGUAACCGCACAUGUUAUUUUAACCAAUGUAACCAAAAUUCAGGUGAGUGUACCAGUUGCCUACCGGACAGUUGGGGACCAUUUUGUGAAAAUACAUGUAAGAAAUACUGCGCAUGGAAUUGUAAUAGAUAUACAGGAGACUGUACCUGUAGAAAUAGAUACUGGAGUCAAGAUUGCAGUAGACUUUGCAAUGACUCAAACUGCGAAGUUUGCUCCAAAACAAACGGGCUGUGUACAAAGUGCCAGCUAGGCUAUUGGGGAACUAACUGUGAAUAUACAUGUAGGUCAGAAAGAUGCCUUGAAUGCAAUAGGAAUACCGGGUUUUGCAGCAAAUGUCACCCAGGACGGUGGGGACUGUAUUGCAAUAACAUUUGCAGAGAUGAAUGCCCCUGUUGCAGUAUCAGUAAUGGAGCCUGCCUGUUUUCAUGUCCUGUUUCCGAGAGUGAGGGUUCAACACAGGGAAUACAUGCUGCAACAGUUAUUAUUGCUGUAGUCGUCAGUGUAGUUGUAGUUGCUGCAGCUGUUGGUGUAUACACCUUCAUAAAAUACAGAUAUCUUAAACAAAAGAAGCGGCAGAAAGAAACGGAGAAUGUAUCAGUUGCAGGACCUUCUGGAGCAGAAAUGACAGAGAGCCCGAGUGCAGCUGCAUGUACAAGGGAACACGUGUACUGUAAUGUGCAAUCCACUGCAGUUGACACAUCAGCAGUGCAUAUAUACGAGCAAUUGAGAAAAUGAUUGUAUAGUCAGCUUUUAACAAAUGAUUACAAACUGUAAAAUGUUUUAGGUAAAAUGUGUUUUAUUUCCUGUCAUACUUCGUCCCUAUAAGUUCUCUGCUUUAAUAAGCAGUGCAAAUCGAUGAAAAAAAUGAAAAUUUCUUGUAGAAGAUCUAACAAUCUUUUUUCGUGUGUGUGUAUGCUUUUUUUUUUUUUUUUUUUUUUUUUUUUUUUUUUUUUUUUUUUUUUUUUUUUU